CGGGGACGUAAGUGCCAGUGGUCAGCCAUAUUGUCUCUGAUACAGCAGAAAUCCCUCAUUGGCGUAGAUACACCGGCCACGGAGGGAGGCGAGGACCGUUCGCUUGACGAAACUCAGCUUAUUGGGAAGCAUUUCGGCCGACGAAUUGAUCCAGGGGCUAUCCCACCGUGCCCCUGGUGGCCCCUUCCCCCGUCCGCUGGCAAAGCCCCUCCCCCCCGACCCUCCCCCCACCCCACCCCAAACCCCUUGUCCUGUUGUGAGCAGCCCCCCUGGUCCCUUACCUUCCCUUCUCUUCCUCCCUCCCUCCUACCUAUCCGCCCUGUACUCCAACCAUCCUCCGCUGCAGUAGGAUCACCACACAUCGUCUGCCAAGCUGUCUGACAUGUCAGGACCCGUGCCAAGUCGGGCCCGAGUGUACACAGAGGUCAACACUCAUCGGCCCAGGGAGUACUGGGACUAUGAGUCUCACGUGGUUGAAUGGGGAAACCAGGAUGACUUUCAGUUGGUGCGGAAGCUAGGGCGUGGCAAGUACAGUGAGGUCUUUGAGGCAAUCAACAUCACCAAUAAUGAGAAGGUGGUGGUGAAGAUUCUCAAGCCUGUGAAGAAAAAGAAGAUCAAGCGUGAGAUAAAAAUUUUGGAGAAUCUGCGUGGAGGUCCUAAUAUAAUCUCCCUUAUCGAUAUUGUGAAAGACCCUGUGUCCCGGACACCUGCCUUGGUCUUUGAACAUGUUAACAACACAGACUUUAAGCAACUGUACCAGACCCUGACAGACUAUGACAUCCGGUUCUACAUGUAUGAGAUCCUCAAGGCCCUGGACUACUGCCACAGCAUGGGAAUCAUGCAUAGAGAUGUGAAGCCACAUAAUGUGAUGAUUGAUCAUGAACACCGCAAGCUGCGCCUUAUUGACUGGGGUCUGGCUGAGUUCUAUCACCCUGGACAAGAAUACAAUGUCAGAGUUGCCUCCCGCUACUUUAAAGGGCCCGAGCUGCUGGUGGACUAUCAGAUGUAUGACUACAGUCUGGAUAUGUGGAGCCUGGGCUGUAUGUUGGCAAGUAUGAUCUUCAGGAAGGAGCCCUUCUUCCACGGCCAUGACAACUAUGACCAGUUGGUGAGAAUAGCCAAGGUUCUGGGGACUGAAGACCUCUAUGACUACAUAGACAAGUACAAUAUUGAGCUGGAACCUCGCUUCAACGACAUUCUGGGGAGGCACUCUCGUAAGCGGUGGGAGCGGUUUGUCCACAGUGAGAACCAGCACCUGGUCAGCCCUGAGGCUCUUGACUUCCUUGACAAGCUGCUGCGCUAUGACCACCAGGCCCGGCUGACAGCCCGCGAGGCCAUGGAUCACCCUUACUUCUUCCCCAUUGUGAAAGAUCAGUCUCGUGCGGCUGGAUCAGCUAACCUGCCCAGUGGGAACACAGCUGUUAGCACAGCCAACAUGAUCACUGGUAUCUCUGCCUUGCCAGCCUCCACUGCCCUGGGUCCUCUCACUGGCUCGCCGGUCUUGUCUGCUGCCACCAACGCCCUGAGCACCCCGGUGCCCACUGCUGCCGGUGCCCCGCAGUGACACCCCACCCAAAUACACACUCUCCUGCCCUGAACCCCAAUCUCUCCCACCUCUACCACCACCCAGCCUGAGGGGGGAGAGACUAGACAGGUGCCACUCUGGCAGCCCUCAUCACAUUCAAUCAGUGUGACCACGCCUCACAAACCUCCUGGCCGGAGGAUGUUGUCUUCUAAGAAAGGAAAGAUGUUUUUUUGGUUCCUUUUCCACCUUGAAUGAAUGUGUUAACCUGACAUCUGAAAUGAAUGUUCUGUGUAAGUUGAAAUAAUAGGUAUUCACUUCAUUUUCCUAAAAGCCGUAGUGAAUACAAAGGGGUGUGUGUUUGAUUCUGAAAGUGAGUGUCAUCCAUGGCCCCCCACCCCCUGUGAGUUAGUAUGGAUGGUGAAGGCAGUGGUCAAUCAGUACAUCAGCAGAAGGCAAAAGAAAGAUGUCGGCCAUGAAGACCCAAAGGAGCACAUCCUGUAUAGUUUACUACUGCAGCAUCAUCUAAGACGAGAUCUACUGAGAACAUGUGAUUUACCUCCCCAGAUGAGUCUGAACACCCUCCAGAUCACAGCAUUUUGGAAGUGUUUGGUGCUGUUCUGUGCUCCAGGUGUAUGUGAACACAAUGACACUUCAACACUUUCUUUGCCUGAGUAGUUUUAUCUUGCCUUUCUUACCAAACCAGAUCACCAGUCUUCUUUUGAUAUCCGACUCCCCGUCAUGUUAUCUGUUAAUUUGUUUUGUAAUGAAAUGUUCCGGACUGCUGGAAAAGGUUAAUCUCCGUCAAGUGGUUCGAUCAGCUCUAGUGUUGUACUAUGAUCUCUUAAGAAGCCAGGUAUGGUUAAUUCAGGUUCUCAAAGAAAUGGUUUCUCAAAUGUGCUGCUUUAAAUUUCCUUGAAUUACUUCAAGUGGCUUUUCUUGAAUUACUUCAAGACAUAACCAAAGUUUACUCAGUUGGUUGGAAGAGGAGACUGACCAAGCCUAGUUUUGUUUUGUGGGAGUUACUCAUGGAGAUGCAAGUUGACAGUGUGGGUUCUAGGGAAUAUGAUUACACAAUAUGCAACACAAUAAUCAUCUGCAGUUGACUUAAGUGCUGUUAGUGUUGGAGGAAAGUACACUUCUGUUGUGUAGUGACAUCGGUGAGCUAUGUGAGGGAAGUAUUGAAGGUGAAAUGUUGAAUAGCACUUGAAGAGUUUUCCCCAGUGUAUUAGUGCCAGAGUGUAAGUUUUAGACCAUGCUGUACAUAUGCAUCUUUUUUCUUUUUUUUUCAUUUCAAAACCAGAAAAUGCAAAUAAAUCAGAACAUGUAUACAUUGACCGGAAAACGGAGCAGUUUGAGUCCCUACAUCACUGUAUAUAUUUUUAUGUCCUUAUGUAGAAGACUAGUAUUUGAAAGUUUGUGUAAAUAAACACGUUUUAUUUAUCAGGUA